AUGCCCUUAAUACUCGCAAAAGCAAAGGCACUCCAUUCAGGAGCUCUCCGCCUGGUGUGCCGCCCGUGGGCGCAGCUGCUGGACUCGGGGGAACUGUGCCGGCGGCGGCGGCAGUGCGGCGUGGCGGAGGCGUGGGUGUACGUGCGCACGCGCGACGGCGGUUACCGCAACUACUGGCGCGCGUUCGACACCACCACGCGCACAUGGCACGCGCUGCCGCCCCUGCCGCCGCUGCUGCUCCCGGGGGAGAGUGCGAGCGCCACAGAGAAUGCCAUGCAGGUGCGAGGGCUGGGGUCAGCAGCAGUGGGCGGCAAGCUGUACGUGUUUGGCGGGUGGCGCGAGGGCGGGCCGGCGCUGCAGUGCACGUGGUGCUACGACCCCUGCACGCACCGCUGGCAGCGCCGCGCCGACAUGGGCAUCGCACGCUGCUACAUGGCGUCCGGCACCCUGCCGCGCGCCCAGGUCGCUGAUGGGGAGGACGGUACAGGACAGGGCGAGGGGGGAGGGGGAGGUGGGGAAGGAGGAAAAUGUGGAGGAGGAGAAGGUAUGGCAAGAUCUUGUGAAGCUGACAUGGGCAGUGCAGCCAGCAACCCCAGAAGCAGAACCAGAAGCAGCACAACCAUCACUGCCAGCGACUGCGGCGAUGACGGUGUGAUCCUCGUGGCGGGCGGCAUGGUUCGUCCGCGCCUGCACCCGAGCGAGCUGCUGGUGGCAGCGGAGCAGUACGUCGUGCAGCGCGACGAGUGGGUGGCUCUGCCGCCCAUGCCACAGCCCAUGCUGUUCUCCUCGGGUGUCACCCUCUCAGGCCGCUUCCUCGUCAGCGGCAACUUCACUGAUGAGGGGCAGAGGGGGGCGGUGUACAGCCCGCGUGCGCGGCAGUGGCAGCCCAUAGUGCAUCGGUCGCUGGCGACGUCGCUGCUGUCCCCGUGCGCCGCGCUGGGCGACUUGCUCUUCUGCAUCAAGGACGCCCUGCAGGUGUGGAACCCGGGGCGCGGCGACUGGGACCUGGUGGAGGGCGAGGGGCGCAUAUUCACGGACACGCGCUUCCCCUGCUGGGUGUGCUGCAUGGCGUUCGUGGGGCGGCGCCUCUUCCUCGUGCACCAGAACUCCUCCAUCACGGCCGUCACUCUCCACCUGCACUACCCCUCUCCCUCUGCCACCGCUCCUGCUGCUGUGCCGCCCACUGGUUCCCUUCCUGCCACUCCAACUCGCCCUGGGUCGGCCAUUAGUCCAGAUGCGCUGAAUGCUGGUUCGCCCCCCCCUGCUGCAGCUGCUUCGGGUGCUAUGGGAGUGUCUGUGGCAGCUGGAGUGAUGGGUGCGCACCGCACGGAAGCAGGAGGUGCCGUUGAGGCUGAGGCACAAGCACGUGCUGCCACUGCUGCUGCCAAUUCUGGUGUUGUCAAUGGGGGUGACAGGAGGCAGGAAGACGAGAGAGCAGUGGCGGAGAGGGAAGCAGCAGCAGAGAGGGCGAUGAGGGAGGUAGCAGAGGCGGUGGCAGCAGCAGAGGCGGUGGGCGUGCCGUCCGCAGUGGCCCCUGCAGCGGGGCAUGUGGCGGGGCAGAUCUCCCAUGCCAUGGCGGCUGGUGCGCACGCAUGGCAGCAAGGGAGGGACACGGCAGCAGAGGGUGUGGGGGAGGCAGUGCGGGAAAUGGGGUCAGAGGCAAGGGAUGUGCUUGUGAGUCCUGCGAGCCGUGGCGCUGAGGAAUGGAGGAGGGUACGGCGUGGGGGCGAGGGGAGCACACCCUUGGCAGGGCAAGCGAGUGAGGGUGCGAGGGGGGGUGGUGAUGGGUGGAAUGGGGGGUGGUGGGGAGAGAAGCCAUGGCGUUCGGGGGGGAGUGGGAAGGGGAAGGUGCAGCAGGUGGAGGUGAGGGUGGAGGAGGUGGUGAGAGUGAGUGAGGGCGUUGCAGCAGAUGAUGAACAGGCCAUCGACUGUUACGUCCUUGAGGCAUAG